GAGGUCCAGUUUUUGUUAUAAAUAACUUACCUUUGUUGCCGUCCGACUCUCUGCUCUAUAUAAGCCAUUGCUAGUGUGGCUUGCUCUGUCCUUUCUCGUCUUGCAGUUGGUUCAAAAUUGAAACAAGCUUUCGAGAAAUGGCAGCGACAGCGAUUAGAUUCUUUGAAUUGAAUACAGGAGCCAAAAUCCCGUCCUUUGGAUUGGGAACUUGGCAGUCUGAUCCCGGUGUUGUUGCAGACGCCGUUACCACUGCCAUUAAGGCGGGCUAUCGUCACAUCGACUGUGCUCAAAUCUAUGGCAAUGAGAAUGAGAUUGGUGGGGCGCUGAAGAAAUUGUUCGCUGAAGGUUUGGUGAAGCGUGAAGAAUUAUGGAUCACCUCCAAACUCUGGUGUAAUAAUCAUGCUCCAGAAGAUGUGCCCAAGGCAUUGGAUCAAACUUUACAAGACUUGCAACUUGACUAUCUUGAUCUGUAUCUUAUCCACUGGCCGGUUAGCAUGAAAAAGGGUUCGGUUGGUUUUAAGCCUGAAAACCUUAGCCAACCUGAUAUACCCAAUACAUGGAAAGCAAUGGAGGGAUUACAUGAUUCUGGUAAGGCUCGAGCUAUUGGAGUGAGUAAUUUCUCUACGAAGAAGCUUGGGGAUCUGUUGGCAGUAGCACGUGUGCCUCCUGCCGUUAAUCAAGUCGAGUGUCAUCCUUCGUGGCAUCAGCAAAAGUUGCAUGCAUUCUGUAAAUCCAAAGGAAUUCACCUAACUGGGUACUCGCCACUGGGCUCCCCAGGUAUACGAUCUAUCAAGAGUGACAUUCUCACGAAUCCAAUUGUCACCAUGCUAGCAGAGAAAUUAGGCAAGACUCCAGCACAAGUGGCUCUUCGUUGGGGACUACAGAUGGAUCAUAGUGUAAUUCCCAAGAGUACAAAAGAGGCAAGGAUCAAUGAGAACUUCGAUGUUUUUGACUGGUCUAUACCUGAAGACUUGUUUGCCAAGUUUUCCGAAAUUCACAGGAGAGGCUUAUUAAGGGUACUGCAUUUGUGCAUGAGACUCUGAGCGCGUACAAGACUAUUGAAGAACUUUGGGAUGGCGAAUUAUGAACAAGAGAGGCUUAUUAAGGGUACUUCAUUAGUGCAUGAGACUCUGGGCGCAUACAAGACUAUUGAAGAACUUUGGGAUGGCGAAUUAUGAACAAGUACUGCAUUUUCCAUAUGUAGUUAGUUGAGCAUCUGAGAGAAAUAAACUAAGCUGUAUGGUGAUUUUGCAGAUUGUUUGAACCUAAAUGUGAUUUUUUUGUUGAAUGUUAUUCCGAAUUAAAGUCGUUGAAUUUUCGUGUGA